UCAGUAUUAUGUUAGUUCAGAUCCCAAGUGCACUCAUGGCAUAAAUUUCUUGAUUGUGACUGCUUACCAUGCUUUGGUUUGUGUCUCAGAGAUGGCAAAGUGUCUUCCUUUCAGUUGAAACUAUACUGCACUCAGAUGAGUCCAGAAAGAUGUACUCAGCGAGCAUACCUAAUACACUCCAGUUAUUGUUGGCAAUAUACUGUCCUAUGGCCUAAGCUGGAGCUCGGCAAGCGUGAACUCCCCUGAAUUGGUGUGUAGUCCUCAGCACUAUUUUGCUCUACAGCUAAACUCCUCUUGCACUGUGCUGUUUGCUAAUGUAGGCAUAGGUAAUGCAGAUCUCUGUAGAAGUUUUAAAAUAUUUUUAAACAGAAUUAAACUUGCCACUAAGUUACUUAUACAUGAGUCCUUUAGCAUAUAUUGUAGAGCAUCUCACCAUUAUUACCACAGAUCUUCACAGUACAAAACCAUUAAGCCAGGUUCAUGUAUUGAGAGGAAGUUAUCUUAAGGUCACAUAAAGACAUAUGUAGUGGAGGUGCAAGUAUAAUUUGGAUUGAUUAAGUCUUAGUCUAAUGUCUGUGUCAAAAAGUCUUUUUUUCCAGAAUAGAUUAAAAAGAAGCAAAAUACUAACAGCCUUAAUUUAAAUAAGAAUCGGGCUUUGUAACUGGAGAGUCCUUUCAUAACUAGUACUUUGUGAUAUUUUGCUGUGACAUUUGAUUGGCAAAACACACUGUCGCAGACAUUCCAGAGCAACCCUGGGACGUUAUUGAUUGUUUUUGUCUCUGCAAUUAAAGUCACACUUGAGGUUUUGUGCCACACCUGUUGCUGUAACCUAUGAGAUACUCAUCAUUCAGUUGUCUGGGAUGAAAAAAAGAGAAAUCAAUAUUCUGUCUGUUUGUAAUCAGGCAUAUGCUGCAAUUCCUGCCUAUUACUUGAGGGGCUUAAUGUACAUGUACGUAUUCCCAGGCAGCAUUAAGCCUGAUGCAGACCAAAAAUACUGUGUUUACACAGUUAGGCCAAGCAGUUCCAGAAACAUUCUGAAAUUAUUGCUUAUUCACAAUGUAUUCGUGCCAUGCAGGCAUGGUAACAUUGUCAGAGGGAGGAAAAGGUACUAGUAGGAGCAGUUUCUUAAUAAUUCCAGAGAAAGUAACUCAGCCUUCAUUCUUGCUCUUGGAAGCACAGUGGGCUAGAUCAGUUGUUUUAAGUCAGUUUUGUGCAUCCCUUAAGCCUCAAGCAGAGCUUUCAUGCCUUCUCUUGCUAUGCUGGCAUGACAGAGAGGGGAGACUUCUGAGCAGACUCCUCUGCCUAGGAACAGGUAGAAGAAAAAAACUUGUUUGUGUUUGUUGGUUUUGUGUAUGCUGCAUAUGAGAUGGAUGUUGAAUGUGUUCUUUGCUAUUUCUUUUGCAGUUUGGGCUGCAUGAAAUUUCUUCUGCAACUUGAACCAGCAAAGAGGUGUACUACAAAGAGACUUCUCAAGAAAGCAUUAGAUUACUUCUUGAACAGAAGUGAAAAUAAUUGCAUUAUUAAUAAGUUAGAUGUCAGGCUAUCAUGCCUUUGACUUGAAAGAAUAAUUUUAUGACAUUACUGUGAAUCAGUGCAAACUUUAAGAAAAUGUUUAUUUUUAUCUCCUAGGCUACACGACAUGCAGAGAUGGUGGUAAUCGAUCGGGUCCUUGACUGGUGCAAGGAACACAACAAAGAGUAUACAGAAGUGUUUGCGCACUCGGUAUUGUAUGUAACUGUAGAGCCUUGUAUCAUGUGCGCAGCUGCCGUGCGCUUGAUGAAAAUUCCACGGGUCGUAUAUGGCUGUCGAAAUGAGCGAUUUGGAGGCUGUGGCUCAGUUCUGAGCAUCUCGUCUGAUGAUAUGGUAGACACAGGAGAACCAUUUGAGUGCGUUUCUGGCUAUCGUGCCAAAGAAGCGGUGGAAAUGUUAAAAGCUUUCUACAGACAAGAAAAUCCCAAUGCACCAAAAUCAAAAGUACGUAAAAAGGACAAUCGUAAUUAGCCUGAUGGGGGACAGAAACUGACCAAAAAAUGAUACAUGAAGGUGACUCCAGCAUACUUCUCUUUCAAAAUGUACAAUUUAACUAUGUAGUCCAAUUAAACUAUGUCUGAUGUUCUGUACUGGUUUUACUAAUUGGAUACUUACUACCUGUUCCCAUGUUUCUAUGUAAGUGAUUUCUCCGUAUCAUACAUGACCAAGGAAAAGACUAAGUGGCUGUUUUUAGAAAAAGGAAAAUGUAUGGUUCAAAUUCACUUGUUUACAGCCAGUUGGAUCCAUUAAAACGAUGUCCUUCUGUA